GUCAAACAACUGCUGUACGAGGAAACAAACCUCCCCGUCAGAGAGCAACGGCUGCUUCACAACGGGAGGAUGCUGGAUGACCGUGUGCAGAUUGGCACCUUGGUGCCUGCAGGGAGUCCAGACAUAUCUGUCACACUGCAGGGAAGAGGCCUAAAAGGAGGAGGGAGGUUUGGACAGACUACACCUCCACUAGUGGAAUUUUUAAAGGAUAUUUUGAGAAGGUACCCUGAGGGUGGACAGAUUCUGAAAGAGAUGAUCCAAAAUGCAGAGGAUGCUGGAGCGACAGAGAUCAAGUUUCUGUAUGAUGAGACGGAGUACGAGUUGGAAUCACUGUGGUCACCUGACAUGGCUCAGCAUCAAGGAACAGCGCUGUACGUGUACAAUGACGCUGUGUUCACUGAGGAAGACUGGAAUGGGAUUCAGGAGAUUGCAAGGAGCAGGAAACGAGAUGAUCCUCUGAAAGUUGGACGAUUUGGUAUUGGCUUCAACUCUGUAUAUCACAUUACAGAUGUUCCCAGUAUAUUUAGUGGAGACCAGAUUGCAAUGCUUGACCCUCAUCAGACCCUGUUUGGAGUAAAUGAGUCUGGCCAGUGCUGGAAUUUGAAAACAGACAUUAAGGAGAUCACAGAACUAGCUGACCAGUUUGCACCUUUUCUUGGAGUGUUUGGGAGUUCAGAAAAAAACAUGAGGGACGGCAGCUUUCCAGGAACUCUGUUCCGCUUCCCACUUCGCACCAGACCUUCCCAGCUCAGCAGCAACAUUUACAACAAAGAAAAAGUUUUAGAGCUGUUUGAGUCUUUCAAAGCUGAUGCAGACACGGUGCUCCUCUUCCUCAAGAGUGUCCAGAAGAUCUCACUACAUGUGCGAGAGUCUGAUGGCACUGAACGCAUGUUGUUUCAGGUUACAGCAACAGAGAGAAGUGAUGAUAAACUUGAAAGAUUGAAUGCACUGAAGAUACUGGGUCAGGCUGUAGACAGUUACAGCAAUGGAGUUCCCAGUACCACCAUCACAUGUGUCACUUACCAGGUCAGCAUAGAGACUCAGGAUGAAAUGGCUAAAGAGACUCAUAGAGAGGCAUGGCUGGUUUGUAAUGGAGUUGGAGGGAGAGGAAUGUGUGCUGAAUUGGACUCUCUAGCAGACGAUUUGAAGUUCAUGCCUAUCAUUGGGAUUGCUUUGCCUCUGACCAUGAUCAACAAAGACGAUAAAGGUGCCACAUCUGGUUUCUCAGGACAAGCUUUUUGUUUCCUUCCUCUUCCACCUGGUGAGGAAAGUCAGACGGGGCUUCCAGUUCAUGUCAGUGGCUUCUUCGGGCUCACAGACAACCGUAGGAGCAUCAAGUGGCGGGAAGUGGACCAGUGGAGGGAUCCAGCUGCCCUGUGGAACGAACUGCUUGUAGUCACUGUCAUCCCUAGAGCUUAUUUUAUUCUCAUAAUGGAGACUAUAAAAAGGGUACAAACAAAAAAGGACCAAGACUUCCCUUUGUCCCCUACAGGAACAUAUAGGGCAUGGCCAGACUUGAAGCAGGUGAAGACCCGUUGGACACCCAUUCUCCAGCCACUCUUUCAUGAAUUGUUGCAGCAGCAGGUCAUCUAUUCCCUCAGUGAGAAGUGGAUCGGGGUGGAUCAAGCUAUAUUCUCAGAGCUGGACACAGACACUAAUGUUUCAGAGACUGUGAUCAACUACCUCCAAAGUUCAGGAACGCAGGUAGCAAAGGUGCCACCUGCAGUGGACUCUGUCCUGGAUGCCUACAUGACAAAGUCCACUGAAGUGAAAAAAGUAACUCCAACUCUGCUGAGACAGAUCAUCAGGAAGUGCAAACACAAAGGUCCCUCACAGGAGAAGCUGCUGCUUCUGGAGUUCAUCCUCACUGAUGCCAAUUACAGUGACCUGAUUGGACUAGAGCUCCUUCCGCUACAAGACGAGACAUUUACAACAUUUUCAUCAUCUGUCAGUGAAAAGGACGCCAUUUACAUUGCAUCUGAAGAGUACCCAAGGUCUCUCUAUUCAGGACUUGAGCAUCGCUUCAUUCUGGAGACUUUGAAGUCCUCCGUUUUGGACAGUUUGAAGAAAGCUGCCAGAAGCAGAGGACGCCCCUGCACUCAGCUGCAAGUGUUGAACCCUGAACGAUCAUCUCGGCUCGUCAAAGAGAUCCUGUCCGCAGCUUGGCCAUCAAGAGACUUCAGUGUUGAGUGGGAACCUGGAAACAGGGAGUUGAAGCAUCCUACAGUUUCCUGGUUAAAGAUGAUUUGGAAGCAUCUCUAUAUACAUUUUGCUGACGACUUAAACACCUUUGAAGACAUGCCUUUAAUCCCACUCGUACCACUUAAGGAAACCACGAGCACGGUUAAACUUCUCCGUCUCAAAACUCCUUCGCCCAUAAUUCAUGUGGAUGAUGAAGGGACACCAGUUUCUGAAAGCCUUCUCAGCAUUUUGGAAAAGCUUGGAGGAGUUGUGAUAAAAAAGCUGGAUUUGUGUUUGCAGCACCCUCUACUUAAGAAUUACAUCCACCCAUGCUCUCCAAGUAUGCUUCUGCAAAUUAUGAGCAGAUUGUCCUCACAGCGAUUAUCCAACACUGUUUCUUCUUUCUCAACAAAAGAGAAAAUAGUGCUCAGAAACUUUCUUGCAGGUUUGUCUGACAUCACAGAAAAGGAAAAGCCCUCCCUGCUUGAUCUCCCCAUCUUUGAGAAAGUAGGAACCUGUUUUGAAAGUAGCUCAGCAUUUACAUCACUGAGAGGUGCAAGAGCUUUACAUCACAGGGCCAAGUAUCCACCACAUGUAAAACUAUCUGAAAAUCUUGUAACUUGCCAAGAUGAGGAAUCAAUUCGUCUCAUUAAGAUGCUUAAUGUUGAACAAGUGAAAACUACAGAAUGUUUGAAGAUGAUUAUUCAGGACAUUGAGAAAGGUUUCUAUUCAAAGGAUGAAACCACCCAAAUUAUGCUUUGGGCUCUUAAACACCUGGCAUUGUUGAAGAAUGAAAACCCAUCUGUGAUAGGAUGGCUUUCUGCCCUCAAAUUCAUUGAGUUGCCUUCUGGGAAGUCUGUUAAAGCCUCAGAUCUUUUUGAUCCAGAACUAGAGAUUUUACAGCAUCUGUUUUACAUGGAAGAGAAAACCAGGUUUCCCACAAAUACAUUCACCACAUCUCCUGAUAUCCUCCAUUCACUCAGACAGCUGGGGCUAAGAAAUGAGGUACAGGUCACUGAAAACGAUGUGUUUAAAGUGGCCAAAAAUAUAGAAGAGUUGCAAAACACUGAGGAGCCUGAGUGGGACUUAAUAAUCAAAAAGUCACAAACACUCCUGCAAAUACUUAACAAACAAACCAAGCUGAUAAAAUCAACAGAUGUUCAGACAUCAUUGCUACAACUGAAAUGGGUACCCGUCUGUAAAGAAAGACCUCUAACUUACCCUAAAUCUCUUGCUUGGGUUGGAGAUACUCUUAGUAUUUGUUCCCUGUCUGAGAUGUGUGAAUUGUCCCAUGCAGUCCUUCUAGGAUCCUCAGUUGCACUGGUUGAACACAUAUCAGCAGGAUUGAAGAAGGCACUGAAACUCACUAUAGAGCCGCAGGUGGAUCAAGUAUUACAGCAUUUGAAAGCUGUGAAUGAUUGGCACAAAUCUCAAGCAUUUACCACAGAGGACUGGUAUCAGUUUCAGCAGAUCUUGUUUGAGAUUUAUGGCUUUAUGCAGGCUCAUCUUGAGGAUGCAAGGGAAGCAAUGAAAUCACUUCCUUUUGAUUGGGUGUGGACAGGAAAGACUUUCUCAUCACCCGGCCAGACAGUUCUAAAACCCCUCCCCAAUCUAGACCUGCAGCCUUAUCUGUACUCUCUACCCAAAACAAUGAGAAAGUUUCACAAACUCUUCAAGUUUUGUGGUUCAAUUGAAGAGGUUGUCCCAAGCCAUUUGUUUGAAGUGAUCACUACUGUUCAAAGAACAUGCAAAGGAGAAAUGACCAAAGAGGAAAGCAAACACAAUAUUUUACUUUUGAUCAACAUCCUAAGAUGGUUGUACAACAAUCAGAUUCACACGGACAUUAACAUGCAUGUCCCAAUUUUUUGUUACAAGGACCCAAGCAAAUUAGCAAUGAAACCCAUUUAUGAAUGCACCUACUGUGACAUCAAGGUUGAUGAUUUAAAUGACUUACUUGAAGAUACGUCAGAACCAAUUAUACUGGUCCAUGACGACAUCCCAAUGAAAACUGCUGAGUGGCUGAAGGUCCCCUGUUUGAGCACAAGGUUGAUUAACCCAGAAAACCUUGGUUUUGAACAGUCAGGCCAACAGGAACCUCUAACUGUGAGAAUAAAAAAUAUAUUGGAAGAAUAUCCAUCUGUUGCAGAUAUUUUCAAAGAGCUUCUCCAGAAUGCUGAUGAUGCCAGUGCAACAGAGUGCAGUUUUCUCAUUGACAUGAGAAAAAACAUUGACAUCCGAGAAAAUCUCCUUGAUCCUGGCAUGAUUGUUUGCCACGGGCCUUCAUUGUGGUCUUUUAAUAAUGCUGUGUUCACAGACACCGACUUUCUGAACAUCACAAGGCUUGGUGGAUCAGUGAAGAGAUGUGAAGCAGACAAAGUUGGAAAGUUUGGCUUGGGUUUCAACUCUGUUUAUCACAUUACUGAUAUCCCCAUCAUUAUGAGCAGGGAGUUUAUGAUCAUGUUUGAUCCGAACAUCAAUCACAUCAGCAAACACAUCAGGGACAGGUCUAAUCCAGGGAUCAAAAUUAACUGGAGCAAACAACAAAAGAGGCUGAGAAAAUUUCCCAAUCAGUUCAAACCUUUCAUUAAUGUUUUCAACUGCCAGCUGCCUUUAGCUCAGGAUUCACCAUACAAAUACAAUGGUACUUUGUUCAGACUACCAUUCAGAACAGAGCAAGAGGCAUCAGUUAGUGAAAUCAGUAGUCUGUACUAUAAUACCACAGAUAUCUAUUCUCUGGUUGAUGAAUUCAGCAUAUGUGGUCAUCGGUUUAUUCUUUUCACUCAGCAUGUUGGAAGUAUGGUAUUAAAGUACCUGAAAUAUGAGGAACCAAACCCAGCUGGAGCACAAAUUGUUGUUGCAAUCAACAAAAGUGUGUGGUCAAGCAAAGCCUCAUAUGGACCUCUGAGCAUCCUUAAAUCUGCAGCAAAGCUCAUGAAGAAAGUGGCAAACAUCAAUAAGGUACCCACUGAUAUUCCCAAAUCUGGUUGUAUCAUACGUGUUGUGGUGGAGGAGUUUCAUAAUGUUUUCAAACGCAUUGUUGAUCUCCACUCUCCAUUGUUCCGUGGUUCAGAGGAUGAUCCCAACCAGUAUUUUGAGAUGGCAGCCAAAGGUGUUCAGGCAAGAAGAUUGACAGAUGAAAUGCCUCAGAAGGCAGUUGAUGUCACAAACUGGCUCAUUUGCUCAUGCAUGGAUGUAAAAGAGGCACUUAAGUUUUCCCUCAGUGACAGUGGAAAAAGACUUGGACUAGUACCUUGUGGAGGAGUGGCUAUUCUUCUAUCAGAGGAAGAGAAUCACAAGUGGACUGUGAAGACAAAUGCCACACCAAUUGGAGAGGUGUUUUGCUAUUUGCCUCUCAGAAUCAAAACAGGCCUACCAGUUCACAUUAAUGGCUGCUUUGCAGUUACAUCCAACCGCAAAGAGAUCUGGAAGACUGACACCAAAGGACAGUGGAACUCUGUCUUCAUGAGACAUGUCAUUGUUCAAGCCUAUUUAGCAGCCCUCGCAAUGCUGCGUUCAAUGGCAGAAAAUGGAGAAUUGAUUCACUACAGCUACUAUGCAGCAUGGCCAGAUCCAAGUCAGGUUCACGAUGACUUCAUACUGAUCAGCCAGGGGAUCUACCAAGAAAUAGCCAAAGGAGGUGACAGUGAUCAGGCAAAGGUUUUUCCAGAUGGCAAAUCCUGGGUGUCAAUCAAAAAUGUCAGAUUCCUUGAUGAUGCUUUACUCUGCAGACCAGACAUUGGUCCUGCUGCUUUCAAGAUAUUUCUACAAUACCUCAAGAAGAGUGGCUCUCAAAACCUCUGUGCUGUUGAACUGCCUUACUGGGUGAAGGAGGGAUUUGAAGAUGCUGGAUGUAAAUCAAAAUUAAUGGAAAACACCCUAACAGAGAAGCAGUUCUUUUCUGAAGUCUUCUUUCCUCACAUUCAGGAAAUUGAUAAAGAGCUUAGAGAUCCUCUGAUGCACUAUGUCUUGAAUGAUAAACUGGAAGACUUUGAAUCAAUUCUCAGAGUUACUCCAUGUAUCCCUUGCUCUGGUCCCAACAAGGAACUGGUUUUACCUUCCAAACUCAUUCAUCCAGAGGGAAGGGUUGCUAAACUCUACAGUACUGAUGAUGGAAGAUUUGCUGAAGGGACCUCCAAAGACUAUGUAAACCCUGUGUGUUUAGUGAAGCUAGUGCAGCUUGGCAUGGUAAAAGAUGAUCUGUCUUGGGAGGACCUCACUGAGCGUGCUCAUUCUGUUAUCGAACUUAAUAAAAACGAGCAUACUGCUGCGUGCUUUCGUAGUAGUAUACUACUCAGUCUCAUUGACGAGAAACUAAAAAUGAGGGACCCAGGAGCGGAUGAUUACUUGGAGAUGCUACAGGACAUCAAGUUUCUUCCAUUUCUGACGAGGCCUGCAGGAUUCUCAUUACCAUGGCACGGAAACAGCUUUUCUCCAACAACUUUGUUCUCUCCUAAAGAGCUCUUCACAACUGAACAUCAGGACACAGUGUGUUUGAUGAAGCCAAUCUUGAAUGAGAAUUCUCCAUCCUUUAAAGGUUGUGGCCCAAUGUCAUUAGCUGUGAAAGACAGUAUUGGCUUGAUAAGGAAGCCCCCAGUUGAACUGGUUAUCAAUCAACUAAAGAAACUUUCUCAGUCAUUUGAUGGUGUCACUCUGUAUCAAGAAAACAUAACAAAUGCUUGUUACAAGUUUCUUCAUGAGGAAAUGCUACGAGAAGGCAAUAUAAAAAGUCAAAUCACCAACGAACUGAAAGCAUUUAACUCCAUCUUGGUGGAAAAUACCUACGUCAGUCCUUCCAAAGUUGCAUUUCACCUAAAUUUUGAUGCAGCCCCCCAUCUUUACCAGCUCCCAAACAAAUACAGAAACAGCUUUCGUGAGCUCUUUGAAAACGUUGGUGUGCAACCCAGCUUUACAGUUGAGGAUUUCUCUGCAGUGCUUGAAACUGUGAGGCAAGAGUGCGGACGAAAGGCACUCACAGAGGAAAACUUCCAAUUGUGUCGCAGAAUAAUUAGUGAAGGAAUAUGGAGUUUAAUAAGAGAUAAGAACCAAGAGUUCUGCCAAGUGUUUCAGCUUGGUGGUAUUCUGUUACCAGACUGCAAUCUAACACUCCAACCAUCAAAAUCACUAUGUUACAAUGACUGUCCUUGGAUCAAAGUCAGAGACUCUUCUGUGAAAUACUGUCAUGGGGACAUUCCAAGAGAGGUUGCAGUAAAAUUAGGAGCAGUACCAAAACGACACAAAGCAUUAGAGAGGUACGCCUCAAAUGUUUGCUUCAAUCCUCUUGGCAGUGAGUUUGGACAGAAAGAGAAACUUACAAGCAGAAUUAAAAGCAUACUGAAUGCCUAUCCAUCGGAAAAAGAAAUGCUUAAAGAGCUGCUUCAAAAUGCAGAUGAUGCCAAAGCCACAGAAAUCUACUUUGUGUUUGAUUCAAGGACACACCCUUCUGACAGAAUAUUUGAUGAAAAAUGGAUCCCAAUGCAAGGCCCUGCCCUCUGUGUAUACAAUAAUCAGCCGUUUACAGAGGAUGACAUUCGAGGUAUUCAGAAUCUAGGAAGAGGAACAAAAGAGGCCAAUCCUGGCAAAACUGGUCAGUAUGGCAUAGGCUUCAACUCGGUCUAUCACAUAACUGACUGCCCAUCCUUUAUCUCAAACAAUGACAUUCUCUGCAUCUUUGAUCCACAUGCUCAUUAUGCACCAGGUGCUACAUCUGUAAGUCCUGGAAGAAUGUUUAGAGACUUGGACUCAGACUUUAAAUCCCAAUUUUCAGAUGUUUUGAAUCUUUACUUGGGAGCACAUUUUAAGCUGGAACGCAGCACAAUGUUCAGAUUUCCUAUUCGCUCCAAAGAGAUGGCAAAUAAGUCAGAGAUCAGUUCUGUCCCUGCAUCUGACAGAAUGGUGCAAAACCUUUUAGACAAGUUAAAAAUGGAUGGUGCAGAGCUACUCAUGUUUCUCAACCACAUGGAGAAAAUAUCAAUCUGUGAGAUUGAUAAUGCAUCUGGUGAACUUAAAGUGCUCUAUUCUGUGACAGCCAGAAUAACAGAUGGUGAUCGACUGAAACGCAAACAGUUUCAUGCCUCUGUCAUUGACAGUGUGACCAAAAAGAAGCAACUUCCUGCCAUCCCUGUCCAACAGAUAACUUACACAAUGGACAUAGAGGACACUGAUGGAAACUUGACCUCAUGGAUGAUCUGUAACAGAUCUGGCUUCCCUGACAUUGAAAUUGUCUCAAAAAGUGUCAUUUCAGCUCACAAAAAUGAAGACAUAACUCUGUUUCCACGUGGAGGUGUAGCUGCAUGUGUAAGCCACAACUACAAAAAACCCCACAGAGCCUUCUGCUUCCUGCCUCUCUCACUGGAGACUGGCUUGCCUUUUCAUGUUAAUGGGCAUUUUGCUCUUGACUCAGCCAGAAGAAAUCUAUGGAGAGACGACAAUGGAGUAGGGGUAAGGAGUGACUGGAAUAACAACUUGAUGACAUCACUUAUAGCACCAGCUUGUGUGGAAUUGCUGAUUCAACUGAAGCGAAGAUACUUCCCAGGUCCUGACCCCACUAUGACUAUAUUACAAGGAGCACCUCUUCAUAGUGUGAAAGACAUGUUGCGAAAAUAUCUGUUCUUCUUUCCAGUCAACAGACUUGACAUCCAGCCAGAUUGGUACUGCCUGGUUAAAGCUGUGUACAACUGUAUCCAUGCUGAUCUAAAGCGUUUGCUCCCUGUUGUAAGAGCAGUACAGAUGGACAACUCUGACAUGCACUCUGUCAUUUACAUUUCUUGGGUGAAUACGUCCGCUACAAACAAAGGCAGAGCCUUUUUUGAUAAUCUGCUUCAAGAUGAGCUUCAGCACUUAAAAAACACAGAGUACAACAUAACCUCAAGAAAGUCUGUGGCUGAAAAUGUCUACAGGCUGAAAACUUUGCUUCUUGACAUUGGUUUCAACCUGAUUCACAGCUGUGAUGAGACAGCAAAUCUUUUCUUAUGUUUGCAGGAUUCAGGGAUUCCAGUCAGUUUUGUAACACCAAAUGAUGUUCGCAGCUUUCUUCACACGUUCUCAUCACCAGAUACAUCUUGUCAUGUUGGUAAACUCCCCUGUCGUCUCCAACAGUCUAGCUUCAAGCUAGUUCAUAACUUAAAACUUCUAGUUGACUACUCUUUCAAAGACUUGGAAGUGGAUGAGAUCAAAAUUGAGGGCUUGCCACUGUCAUUAACAAUGGACAAUACGCUUCAAGUGUUUGAGUCCAAGAGACCAAAAUUCCUAACAACACAUCAUGAACUGAUAUCAUCAAGGAAAGAAAUGUUUAUGAAUGCAUUGUACAUAAAGUACAGCAAUAUCCUGUUGAAGACCGGAGUUGCAAAGAACUUUGACAUCAGCAAUUUUGGUGAUCUGCUAGGGUCUGUUCUAUCAAGAGAGUAUCGAACAAAGAUCCCAGUAAAGUGGAAGGAUACCUUUCCAACUGAAUCUUGGCUAAAGAAUGUGUGGAAUUUCAUCAGUGAGAAUAUAGCCAUUAAACAAGAUCAGGGGGACAUUAAACCCUGCUUUAACACUGUACUUGACAUUCUAAAAGACUGGGCUUUGCUACCUGGAGUGAAAUUCAUGGCAAGAGAGAAACUUGUCAUUCCAGAUCACGACAUGCUUCUACCUCUAAGUUUGAUGCACGUUGUCAUUUUACCACAAGGCCAGAAUGACAAAGUCUUCCACACUCUAAUGAAAGCAGGGUGCAUCCAGCUUGCAGUAAACAAAAUCUGUGCUAAAGAAAACCCAAUCAUGUCUUUUCUGGCACAACACACAGCUAACAUUGAAAAUCCAUCAAGCAUUCUGAAAGCUGUGGAGUACAUGAUUCAGACAUCAGCAUUCAAAACAGCAAACCUCAUUGACAAGGACUUUGAGGCUCUUCUGCUAUAUUUUAACUGUAACCUGCCUAACCUCUCACAAGAAGAUGCACAGAGCCUAAAACUGCUCCCAUGCUACAAGUCAGUUUGUGGGAGAUACAUCAGCAUCACAAACUAUGGAGCAAACUACAUACUUGCAAAAAAUAUCCCAACUGCAGACAUAGAUAAAUGGGCUCAAACAUCCUCCUGUGCAUUUCUUGCUGACAAUCCACAACUGAAAGAACUGUACACCUUCCUCUGCUGUGUACCAGUCAGUGACAUUGAAAUUUACCUUCAUCACCUCUUGCCAAAAUUUGACAGUCUUUCCUAUGACGCCAAAAUUGAGCACAUAGUCUAUUUGAAGGAAAGUCUUAUGUCAAUGGAAGAACCUUGCAAGAUAAGGGAUCAGCUCUAUGAAAAAUUAGAGGGGCUUUCAUUUAUCUAUGACUACUCAAACAGACUCAGACCAGCCAAGUUUUUCUACGAUGAGACAGUAAAUGUAUUUAAAGCUAUGUUACCUGCAAAAUCAUUUAUACCUAACGACUUUUUUAAGAAAGUAGAGCAAGUAACAAAGCCCAAGAAUGGGACAUUGUUGCUGACGUCAUGGAUAACAUUUCUGAGAAAUAUUGGUCUCAAGCAUGAGGUUUCACAGCAGCAGAUUCUUCAGUUUGCAAAAGAGGUCAGCAUCAAAGCCCUAACAGAGAGUUGGACCAAAGAAAAAACACAAAAUGCUGUUGAUAUCCUUUUGAACCAUGUUUUCAAAGAGAGGAUAGAUCUGUUUCAAGGUACCUUUCUCAAAGAACUCUCAAUGAUACCUUUUCUGUGCCCUGAAAGAGCUUCCAAAGAACUCAUCAAGCUUCAUACUCAAUACCAAGAGAUGAGUGGCACACUACCGCUUAUUCGUUUCAGUGGGUCUCAAGUAAACCCAAAAUUCAAACAAACUGAUAUUAUUCACUUGCUUUGGACAUCCUGUCCAAUCUUACCUGAGAAAGCUACACCUUCGUGCAUAAAGGAACAAAAGAACAGCACUCUCACUGUACAGGAACAACUUGACCAAGUGCUGAACAUGUUAGGAGUCAAUUUGGACCCAUUGCCAGAGAAAGUCAUAAGCAACUGCAGAAACAUCUGUAACAUAUCCAACCCAGAUGAUGAGAUGGUAAAAACCAGGAACAAAGUUUUAAGAUCCACAUAUGAGUUUCUCAGUGCAGACAAGCAAGAUUUCCAUCACCUACUCCAUGGGGUGGCUUUUGUCAUGGUUGAAGAUGGCUGGAAAUUACUGAAACCCGAGGAAGUUGUCAUCAAUUUAGACAACGAAUCUGACUUCAAGCCUUACUUGUACAAGUUACCCCUAGAACUUGGCACCUUUCAUCAACUUUUCAAACUUCUUGGCACAGAGGAUGUUGUGUCGACCAAACAAUAUGUUGAAGUGCUGUGGAAAAUUUACAGAAGUUCAGAGGGAAAGCAGCUUGACCCAAAUGAAAUGAGAACUGUGAAAAGAGUUGUCUCAGGGUUGUUCAAGUCUCUUCACAGUGAUCCAGUUGAAAUUCGCAAAGAUCUCGAAAGUCUCAGAGAUUUGAUCUUUUACCUGCCAAGUCAUGAUGGGAGGCUAGCAAAAUCCAAUAUCCUAGUGUUUGAUGAUGCCCCUCACUACAAAAGCAGGAUACAAGGUAAUGUUGGAGUUCAGAUGCUUGUUGACAUGAGCCAAUGUUAUCUUGGCAAAGACCAUUCUUUCCACACAAAACUUAUUAUGCUACUGCCACAAAAACUAAGACCCAGACUGUUGAGUAGCAUUCUUGAGGAGCAACUUGAUGAGGAUUCUCCAAAAAUGUGUCAGUUUGGAGCUCUUUGUUCUCUACAAGGUCGCCUUCAACUGCUGCUGUCAUCAGAGCAGUUCAUCACAGGUUUGAUCAGAAUUAUGAAACAUGAGAACGAUAAUGCAUAUUUAGUGAAUGAAGAGAAAGCCAUACGUUUGUGCAAAGCACUUUGUGAGGGCCUCAAAGUGUCAUGUUUUGAGAAACUCCAAACAACUUUAAGAGUGAAAGGGUCCAGUCCCAUUCCACACAGUCGCAGUGAAACGCUUGCUUUCCUAAAGCGAUAUGGGACUGCUGUGAUUCAUCUCUACAUCCAGCAUUCAGACAGCAAAGAUAUCAACUUUCUUCUGGCAUUAGCUAUGACACUAAAAUCUGCAACAGACAAUUUGAUUUCUGACACAUCUUAUUUGAUAGCCAUGUUGGGCUGCAAUGACAUCUACAGAAUUACAGAAAAACUGGACAACCUUGGCGUCAAGUAUGACUCAACAGAACCUUCAAAACUUGAGCUACCCCUCCCUGGAACUCCAAUACCAGCUGAAAUACACCACACACUGCUCAUGGAUCCAAUGAAUGUAUUCUAUCCAGGGGAAUAUGUGGGUUACCUUGUAGACUCAGAAGGAGGAGAUAUAUUUGGGUCCUAUCAGCCCAUUUAUACAUAUGCAAUCAUUGUCCAAGAAGUAGAAAGAGAAGAGGAGGAUAACAUAAGUUUCCUUGGAAAAUGUUUCCAGAUUGACAUUGGUUACAGUGAAUACAAAAUAGUAAGUUCCCUUGACUUGUACAAAUUUUCAAGACAAGAAGAAAGUGCCCAUGUCCAAGACAAUAUUGUUCCAUCAACUCCUACAAGCCCAGAGAGUCGAUCCGCCGUCCUACGAAUGAUCCCUCCCCUUUUUUCGGGGAAAGAAAACCACCUACCUCCUCCUAAGAGGCAGUCUCCAAUAAGGAUAAAGCUUCAUGCAUUACCUGAAAUUCUGAAAGAAGUGACAUUAGUAGUUGAACAAGCUUGGAAGCUUCCAGAGAUGGAGAGAAAAAAGAUCAUCCGCCGACUGUAUCUCAAGUGGCAUCCAGACAAAAAUGCAGACAAUCUGGACAUUGCCACAGAAGUGUUCAAGCACCUGCAGAAUGAGAUCAAUAGGAUGGAAAAACAAGCUUUGGCUGAUCAUCAAAAUACAGACAGGGCUUCCAGGAGAUCCUUCUCCACAUCAACCCGUUUCCAGUCAGAAAAGUUCUCUUUUCAGAGGUUUUAUUCAUCUUGGAAUCAAGAAGCAACUAGUCACAAGUCAGAAAGGCAACAGUUCAGGGAACAUUACACAAGCUAUGCAGGCUCAUCACAUUCACACCGCUUCUUUGUACCCCCAACCUUUAAGACUGUUGGGAACCCUGUAGAGGCCCGCAGAUGGCUGAGGCAAGCCAGAGCAAACUACUCUGCCGCUCGCAAUGACCUUCAUAAAAAUGCUAAUGAGUGGGUCUGUUUCAAAUGCUACCUAGCCACAAAGCUUGCGCUGAUAGCAGCUGACUAUGCAGUUAGAGGAAAGUCAGACAAAGAUGUAAAACCAACUGCUCUUGCUCAAAAAGUGGAGGAGUACGGUUCCCAGUUAAAAGGCCUCACCAGUGAUGUUCAGAUCCUGGAGGGAUAUGGUGUAGACAGCCUGAGAACCCGCUACCCUGAUCUCCUGCCGUUUCCACAGAUUCCCAAUGACAGAUACACAUCUGAAGUGGCAAUGAGAGUGAUGGAGUGUACCGCUCGGAUAAUCAUAAAGCUUGAAUCAUUUGUGCAACAAAAAUGAUACUUUUUUUACCUUUAUUUUGCCAGGUAAGACAUUAGGAACAGUUUCUUAUUCACAAUGUUAGCCUGGAAAGUGCCAGACCUACUUCUAAACAAGCGUAUACAUGA